AGAUAAAUGAUAUAGCCGGAUUCCUUUAAAGUUGCAUUAUUAGAUUACCACCUAAGAAAUGAAGGGCAUUACAACAUUAUUAUUCUCUCUCUUUCUUCUUUUUGGCUUCACCUCGUACCUUCCUUCAGCCACUGCCUUUGAUGUGUUGGACACAGAUGGCAAACUUCUUCGAAACGGUGGCUCAUACUACGUGGUGCCAGUCAAAAGAGGAAGUGGCGGGGGAAUAGAACUAGCCGCCACGGGAAACGAAACUUGCCCUCUCACCGUUGUGCAAUCUCCCAAUAAAGCCUCUAAGGGGAACCCAUGCUUAGUGCUUUCCUCAAUCUUGUUUGCUUACAUAACCCCAAACUUUCCCUUUCAAAUCAACUUCGCUUCUGUUCCCACUUGCGCGCCCACACUUUUGUGGACCGUCGUGGACGGGCUACCGGAAGGACCCGCUGUGAAAAUUGGUGGUUACCGUGAUGCACGAAGUGGUGCGUUUCAAGUUCAGAAAGCUUCCCACAGGGGCUGUAACCAUUACAAGCUUUUGUUCUGUUUAGAUGACACGUGUGAGGAUAUUGGGGUUUAUGUCGAUAGUGAAGGAAAUAGGCGUUUGGUGCUCACUAAGAAUGAUCCUUUGUUGAUUCAGUUUCAGAGAGUUACAUCGUCAACUGCGUGAACUAGUAUCGGAAAAGUGUAAGACUAAGUAAAUAAAUGCUUUAGUUGUAAUGAUAAAUGUUGAGUAAACUAAAUAAAAUCAUCAAAGCUUAUGCCUUUUGGAUGUAUAUAUUAUAAAUGUUUGGUUUAAUAACUCGUGACCUAAUUGAUAGUGUGUUGUGGAGGGAAUCUAUACAAGAAAUUUUAUUUUUGA